GUUUAUAAAUAGGUAUAAAGAAACAAAACCUCCACUCUCUCCAUUUUGAUACACUCUUCCUUCUUCACUAACACUAGGGUUUAUCUCUUUCUUUCUUUCUUUCAUUAUUUCACAUUUAAAUAAUAAUAAACAAAUAAAUUAAAAGGUUACACUUAUUUUCACACUAUUCCGUUCCGUAACAGAGAAAACAAAAAAGAAACGGAAGAUGGAUGAUGGCUAUGUUUUGCAACUUGCUAUGGCGGCACUCGUCGGAGCUUCCGCCGUCGCCAUCUCCGCUUAUUUUUUGCACCGCAAAACACUCGCACACCUUCUCGAGUUCGCUCGUGCCGUCGAAGGCGACGCCGAUGACGAACAAAGCUACCUUGAUUCCGCUGAAGAUAAUAUGCCUAACCGUCUUCGUAGACGUGGAGGCAGACGAGGAAGGAGGAAGAGGACUACUUAUCGCCGGCGAGGUUCUGCUGCAUCGCUGCCGGAUGACAUGGAGAUGUCCGGUGACGGUGAGGAUAAGCUGAACGGACCGGUUACUGUUCAAGGGAUUCCGGCAGGAUUGCCGCAGCUGCACGCGGUUCAUGAAGCAAAAUUAGCACUUUCAGGUACCCCAAAGAGAAAUAUUUUGAGGCCAAUUUCUCCCAAGUCUCCUGUGGCAAGUGCUAGUGCCUUUGAAAGUGUUGAAGGAUCAGAUGAUGAUGAUGAUGUUGCUGACCAUGCUAAACUGGAUACUACAUAUCUUCACACGAAUGGAAAUGCUGGACCAGAAGUUAUAAACCAAUGUCACACUUUACCUGAUUGUGGAAAUGCUAAUGGAGAGCAGAUGCCAGUUGCAGUUUCAAGUAUGAUCCAUUCUCAUAGUGUUUCCGGUGACCUGCAUGGUGUGCAGCCUGACCCAAUUGCGGCUGAUAUUCUUAGGAAAGAGCCAGAGCAUGAAACAUUUGCUCGACUCAUAAUUACUCCUAUUGAGGCUCCAUUACCUGAUGAGGUGGAAGCCUACAUAUUGCUUCAAGAAUGCCUCAAAUUGAGAAAAAGAUAUCUGUUUACUGAAGCAGUUGCUCCAUGGGAUAAAGAAGUUAUAUCUGACCCCUGCACUCCAAAGCCUAACCUAGAGCCAUUUUUUUACUCACCUGAAGGAAAAUCUGAUCACUACUUCAAAAUGCAAGAUGGGGUCAUUCAUGUAUAUCCAAAUAUAGAUUCAAAACAAGAGCUUUUCCCUGUUGCAGAUGCAACUACCUUUUUCACUGACCUUCAUAUUAUACUUCGAGUCGCAGCAGCGGGCAACAUAAGGACUUUAUGCCAUCACCGGCUUAAUCUUCUAGAACAAAAAUUCAAUCUUCAUUUGAUGCUAAAUGCGGAUAGGGAAUUUCUUGCUCAAAAGAGUGCUCCUCAUCGAGACUUCUACAAUGUUAGGAAAGUUGAUACUCAUGUCCAUCACUCCGCAUGCAUGAACCAGAAGCAUCUUUUAAGGUUUAUCAAAUCAAAACUGAGAAAAGAACCCGAUGAGGUUGUAAUAUUUCGAGAUGGGACUUAUCUGACCUUGAAAGAAGUUUUUGAGAGUCUUGAUUUGACUGGAUACGACCUCAAUGUUGAUCUUUUGGACGUUCAUGCAGACAAGAGUACAUUUCAUCGCUUUGACAAGUUCAAUCUUAAGUACAAUCCCUGUGGUCAAAGUAGGCUCAGGGAGAUAUUCCUGAAGCAGGAUAAUCUCAUUCAAGGUCGUUUCCUUGCUGAGGUGACAAAGCAAGUAUUUUCUGAUCAUGAAGCCAGCAAAUAUCAGAUGGCCGAGUAUAGAAUAUCAAUAUAUGGUAGGAAACAGAGUGAGUGGGAUCAACUUGCUAGUUGGAUAGUGAAUAAUGACCUGUACAGCGAGAAUGUUGUUUGGUUGAUUCAGCUUCCAAGGUUGUACAAUGUGUACAAAGAAAUGGGAAUUGUGACUUCAUUCCAGAGCCUCCUUGACAAUAUUUUCAUCCCACUUUUUGAGGUUACUGUGGACCCCAAUUCACAUCCUCAGCUACAUGUUUUCUUGAAACAGGUUGUUGGGUUGGAUUUGGUGGAUGACGAAAGCAAACCUGAAAGACGGCCAACAAAACACAUGCCUACACCGGCUGAGUGGACUAACAUAUUCAAUCCGGCAUAUUCAUACUAUGUCUAUUACUGUUAUGCCAAUCUUUACACCUUGAAUAAGCUUCGUGAGUCGAAGGGAAUGACAACUAUUAAAUUCCGUCCACAUUCUGGAGAGGCUGGUGAUAUUGACCAUCUUGCUGCAACCUUUCUUACGGCUCACAACAUUGCACACGGAAUUAAUUUGAGAAAAUCUCCUGUGCUUCAAUAUUUGUAUUAUCUAGCUCAGAUUGGGCUGGCAAUGUCUCCCCUCAGCAAUAACUCCCUAUUCUUAGAUUACCAUAGGAAUCCUUUUCCAAUGUUCUUCUUGAGGGGUUUGAACGUAUCACUUUCCACUGAUGAUCCACUCCAAAUUCACUUAACAAAGGAACCAUUGGUUGAAGAAUAUAGCAUAGCUGCUGCUGUAUGGAAAUUGAGCUCAUGCGAUCUAUGUGAGAUUGCCCGAAAUUCAGUUUAUCAGUCAGGUUUCUCACAUGCCUUAAAGUCACAUUGGAUUGGCAAGGAGUAUUAUAAGAGAGGGCCAGAUGGAAAUGACAUUCACAAAACAAAUGUUCCUCACAUCCGGUUGGAAUUCCGAGACACGAUUUGGAGAAAUGAGAUGCGACAGGUUUAUUUGGGCAGACCCAACAUUCCUGAAGUAAUAGACAACUAAUAUAAUAUGUCAGUGACAUGUACUUCAUCCACACUUGAAAAAUCAAGCUGUUAACAGGUUGAAAAUGAGUUCCACACACCACUAACCCUGACGUUAAAUCAUCUACAUUCCACAUGAUCAAUCACUCGGCUUCAGCAAGACUUGUACAACUACAAAUCAAAUGGUCCUGAGCAAGUGUUUUCUUAUAUUGAUUUGGUUGAGUGUUGAAAUUAUUAGGGCAGCAAUAAUUGGGUGGCUGCAUAGACCAAUGGAUACUUGUUGCACUUGAAAUUAUAUAGUAGUAGUAGCAAUAUUAAUUUAUUAUAACCUUCGAACUGAGAAAUUAGCUUUCUCAAAAUUUUGAUCCCCAUUAUUUGUCUGUAAGGUGCUCUAUCAUUGGAAGAUGAAGAGUCUCAGUUUUGGCAUGCAUGUUAACGAUAGUGAAAGUGAGAGGUAUGAUGAAAUUGAACGAUAAUUUAACAAUUGAGUUGAGUAACAUUUAUGUUAUAUUUUUAUGGUUCAGUUAUUUCGUAUUUUCCUCUGUA